AUGUUCCCGAUAGAUGCCCAGUAUUACAAAACUUACAAAAAGACAUUUGCUAUUACAUUACAAGCUGUUUGUGAUGCUCGCUUACACUUCACAGAUUGCUUUGCUGGCUAUCCUGGCUCAGUUGGUGAUUUGAGGGUCUUGCGAAAUUCUGAUCUUUGGAAAGAAAUCCAGGCAAAUGAAAGAAAUUAUUUUCCUGAAGAUGAAUUUAUCAUAGGUGAUAAAGCUUAUCCAGUGUUGACCUGGUGCAUUCCUCUGUAUAUAGACCAUGGUCAGUUAUCUAAUGCUCAGAAAAGAUUUAAUAAAGAGAUCAGUUCAAAAAGAUCUGUUAUUGAAAGAGCAUUUGCUCUAUUGAAGGGCAGAUUUCGAAGACUUAAAUAUCUUGAUAUGAACAAAGAUGACCAGAUACCUAACACAAUCAUUGCGUGUACAGUAUUACAUAAUAUUUGCUUGGAGGGCAUCGAUGACAAUGUGGAAGACUUCAUAGAGGAAGGAGCUGAAGAAAUAGAUGAAGAGCCGCCUGAUGGUGGUAUAGUCAAUGAGGUAGCAGGAGAAGUGAAACGUGAUUACCUGUGCAAUCUUAUAUUUACUAGAGAUUAAAUCUAUUAUUUGUUUAUCAUUAGAAAAUUUUCCUGAGUGUUCCCUGAGUGUACAAAGUUAAAUUUUGUACUCACGAAAUUUUAUACUAAUG